AUAAAUUUGAAAUAUACGCCACCACAUGUUAUCACGAGAAAACUAUUAACAGUCGAAAACGAAUAGAUUGGGCCAAAACACCAUCUAUGAUCAGCUGUAAUCAAGGAUUUUGACAUAUGUAGAAAUUAGCAGGAAAAAAAAACAAUUCUUUCCAAUAAUAUAAUAAAAGAUUUUAAGGUUAAUUCAAGUGUAACACUGUGAUAAAACUUCGUAAAUAAUUUGGUAAUAAAUUUGAUAAUUAUAAUAUUACGAUAUUGAUCGGAAGCAGAUUUAAUUAUUAAAAAAAAGGGAAGAAAUUUUUAAAUGUGAAGCAAUUAUGGCAACGCCCGUCACUGAUAAGAAACCGCGAGUGAUUGUUUUAGGAGGAUGCGGUUUUAUUGGGCGUAAUCUUGUGGAAUAUCUACUGGAUAAUGAUUUGGUAUCAUACCUACGUGUUGUAGAUAAAGUGCCUCCACAAACUGCAUGGUUAAAUUCAAAACAUGGGAAAUUAUUUGAAAAUCCUCUGGUUGAAUUUAAAAGCGCUAAUUUAAUAAAUGCAGCAUCUUGUCAGAAUGCAUUUGCUUCUGAUAAACCGAUUGAUUAUGUUUUUAAUUGUGCUGGAGAAACUAAAUGCGGUCAAACGGAUCCCGUUUAUAAAGAAGGAAUUUAUAAAUUAAGUAUUAAUUGUGCUCAACAAGCUGCCAAAAUUAAAGCCAAUCAUUUCGUUGAAAUAUCCUCAGGCAAUUUAAGUUCUUCUGAAAAAGUACCUUGCGUAGAAGAAGAAAAUGGAGAACCAUGGACAUUUGUUGCUAAAUAUAAAUUACAAGUAGAACACGAUCUGAAAAAUAUACCAGAUUUAAAAUAUACUAUUCUAAGACCAGCAAUAGUUUAUGGACUUGGUGAUAGAAAUGGCUUAGCACCAAGAUUAGUAGUUGGAGCAGUUUAUAAACAUCUAGGAGAAAUGAUGAAAUUACUUUGGGGACCAGAUCUUCGUAUGAAUACAGUUCAUGUAAGAGAUAUGGCUCGAGCUAUUUGGCAUGUAGCAAACAGAUCUGAUACAAUAGGACAAAUAUAUAACGUUGUUGAUGAAGGAAAUUCUACUCAAGGAUCCAUAAGUGCUAUCGUUUCAGAAUUAUUUAACAUCAACCAUGAUUAUUGGGGUACUACACUAUCUACUCUGGCUAAAACCGAUAUGAGUUCUGUAGUUGAAGAGGUAAAUGACAAACAUAUGGGUCCUUGGGCCGAUGCAUGUAACAAAGAUGGAGUAGAAAACAGUCCUCUUUCUCCAUACAUAGAUCAAGAAUUGCUUUAUAACAAGCAUUUAUAUUUAAAACCAAGAAAAUUAUCUAAUACAGGUUUUACGUAUAUACAUCCUAAACUCACAAAAGAAUUACUUAAAGAGGUUCUCGAUGAUUAUGUGACCAUGAAAAUAUUUCCACAUUCCUUAGUACUUUAACUCUUAUCGAUAAUAAUUUUUUAUACAGAAUACUUGGAUGCUUAUAAUAAUUUACACAUAUACAUAGAAACGUUUCACCUUGUGCCUAGUGAUCUAUGCAAGUACGAAAGUUACAUACUUUAGUAUAUACCGAAUCCUUAUAUAACCACAUUUUACAAAUUUAAUAAUACAUUAGGUGAGUUUAUAGCAUUCUUUCCAGAUAAAAGAUCAUGAUUCCAUAGAUGGGCUUAUUUGCCAAUGUGAUAAAGUAGAGAUUAAUGUACUUAAUUUUAUUAUAAUUAAAAUGCAGGCUAGUUUUGUUUACGCUAUUAAUUACUAAUUUGAUUAUCAAUCAAAUCCAGUCAUUUUGAUAGCGUAAAAAUUGCCUAAAUUAAAACAAAAACAAAAAAUAAGCAAAAAGUAUUGAGGACGUAUUUAUAUAGUAAAAUCAAAUAAUAUAAUACUGUAUAAAUUUCCUCAAUUAAAGACAUUAUAUAAAGUAUUUUGAUAAUUAAUUUUAAUUAUUACAUACUUGGCCAAAUAUGUUUUUUGUAUGCAACCGAUUUGGAGAUACAUAUAAAAUAAUAUCGAUCAUUGUUAGAGAUACAUGAUUUCUUUUUAAUUAUUGUGUUCAAUUGUAUCUUCCAAGUGCUGUGAAUGAACCUGAAAAUCAUUCUAUUCCAAAUAAUUAUCCAUAUAUUUUAUAGUACUUAAUAUGGUACUUAAUUCAUACAUAACGUAUUAAGCCAAGUACAAACAACGUGAUUAAGCUAGGAGAUUUUAUUCUUAUGAUAUUAAUCCUUAUCAAAAUCGCUAGAUAUACAUAGUAAAAGCCUAAUGUUUGCAUAAGGUGAAUGCAUAAAAUGAUAUAAAUCCAUGUUAGUAUUAAAAUGCCACAUAAGUGUAAUAGCAUUUCUUUUUUAAAACUGUUGUUAAAAAAUAUACAUGCGAGCAUUUUGAUAAUAAAGUUAUUCAAUUUAU